AAUAACUACCAACAUCCAUAAAACACCAAUUAUAACUACUUUCUUCUUCUUCUUCUUCUUCUUCAAUGCAUUGGCAUCCAAUGAAAGACACAACUUUUAAUGUUCCCCUUCCUUCAUAAUCACGCUCUCUUUUCUUUUAAAAAACCCUAAUCUCUAUCUAAUUCCUUUCUCUUGUCUUCACUUGACUAAACUCAUAAAAUAACUGCCCCCUUUUUCUUUAAUGGCAGAUCUCAACCCCAAAUCUGAGAUUUCCUUCGCUGAGAUCUUUCUAUGUAGUGCAUUCGCUGCUUGUUUUGCCGAGUUCUGCACCAUUCCUUUGGACACUGCCAAAGUUAGGCUUCAGCUCCAAAGGAAAGCUUCUACUGGGGAUGGCGGAAGUAUAUCUAAAUAUAGGGGUUUACUUGGUACUGUGGCUACUAUUGCUAGGGAAGAAGGUAUAACAGCACUAUGGAAGGGCAUAACUGCAGGAUUACAUCGCCAGUUUAUUUAUGGAGGUUUAAGGAUUGGAUUAUAUGAACCUGUGAAAACAUUUUUGGUUGGCAGUGAUUUUGUUGGAGUUAUUCCUUUAUACCAGAAGAUACUUGCAGCUUUGAUAACAGGCGCUGUAGCAAUCACAGUUGCUAAUCCAACUGAUCUUGUUAAAGUUCGCCUGCAAGCUGAAGGAAAAUUGCCAGUUGGGGUGCCUGGACGAUAUGCUGGAGCUCUGAAUGCAUAUUUUACUAUUGCAAAACAGGAAGGACUAGGGGCCUUGUGGACUGGACUUGGGCCUAACAUAGCGCGAAAUGCUAUUAUAAAUGCUGCUGAACUAGCCAGUUAUGAUCAAGUGAAACAGACAAUUCUGCAAAUUCCAGGGUUCAUGGACAAUGCUUUUACUCAUCUCGUAGCUGGCCUUGGUGCAGGACUUUUUGCUGUCUGUAUCGGUUCUCCAAUCGAUGUUAUGAAAUCUAGAAUGAUGGGAGAUUCAUCAUACAAAAGCACUCUUGACUGUUUCAUCAAAACACUGAAGAAUGAGGGAUUUUUUGCCUUUUAUAAAGGCUUCCUCCCAAAUUUUGGUCGUCUGGGAUCUUGGAAUGUUAUUAUGUUUUUGACUCUUGAGCAGGUAAAGAGAAUAUUCACCAGGGAAAUGUACAAUGACUGAUGAGUUUCCAUAAGUAAGGAAACAUGCACCUUGUUCGACGUUUUGCUUCUCCAACUAUUGGCAUUGGUGAUUUUUUCCACCACAAAUAAGGUUUCCCUCUGCUCAUUCUUUUCCACUUGGUUAAAUUGGGAAGAAUCUCCAUAUGACAAACACACUAAGAGUUGAUCUAUUGGAAGGUAUUCUUCUGUCGGAUUUACAAGUUUCCUUCUCGUUCAACCUGGAAGCGAUGCUAUAUCAUCACAAUUGUAUUUCAAAGUGCCUUUCUUUGCAACUGAAAGAGACUCUACAUCCUCACACCUUAAUUCAAAUGUGCUAAAGCUAUGGUCUAGUAGAAAAGCAUGUCCCAUUCUUGUAAUAUCAUGCAGUACUUGGUUAAGCUGAUAAAAUUUGUUAAGCGUCUGUAUAGAGAACAAACGAUAAUAGUCUCAGCCAAUGUCUCUUCAUGUUCCAAUUGUAGGGAUUUACUGUAAUAUCAAUAAUAAUUUCUUUCAAUUGUUUCUGAA